AUGGCUCUUUGGAUCCAUUCCCUACCUCUCCUGUUGCUGCUGGCUGUUUCAGCUCCUACAGUUAGCCAAGCUGCUCCCAACCAGCGUCUAUGUGGCUCUCAUCUGGUGGAGGCCCUUUUCCUUAUAUGUGGAGAGCGGGGCUUCUACUAUUCUCCCAGGUCACGACGGAACAUGGAACAACCACUAGUGAAUGGUCCUUUAUCGAAUGAGGUGGAAGUACCACUCCAAGAAUUUCAGAAAACCAAGAGAGGAAUUGUGGAGCAAUGCUGUGAAAACACCUGCUCUCUCUAUGAGCUAGAGAACUAUUGCAACUAG